AUGAUGGAUCCUGACGAAUCUGCGGCUAAAGCACGUCCUGGAGAUCGACUCCAGUGGCAGGAUGAAGAGGCCGUUACCAAGGGUCGUCCCCGUCUACGCCGAGGUCUUUCCCAAGGCUCGUUGUCUAUUCAUAGCGUAAAUUCCACCUCUGGCCCUAUCGAUCCAUCGGCUGCUCUUCCUAUCCAGUAUCGGACGCUUUCCAUUGAUAUCGAUGACUACAAUCGCAAGAAUGCUAUUGCCAAGGGUGUCAAGGGCGCAGCUGUCACUGAAAUAGUACCUGGAGAUGUUCUGCUUGUCAAGGCAGGCAACAAGCUUCCUGCAGAUGUGCGUUUUGUCCAAGUCUCAUCUGACGCGAAAUUUGAUCGAUCAAUUCUUACUGGUGAAUCGGUUCCAUUGUCUGCGGAGAUUGAGUCGACAGACAAGAAUUAUCUCGAGACCAAAUGUAUUGGCUUACAAGGAUCGCAUUGUGUCUCUGGAACUUGCAUCGCCAUCGUCGUCGCGACUGGAAACCGGACUGUCUUUGGCAGGAUAGCCAAGCUUACCAACGAGCCUAAAACCGGCUUAUCAACGCUGGAGAGAGAAGUCCUGAAUUUCGUGUAUAUCAUCUGUUCUAUCAUGGGCUUGAUGAUUAUUCUUGUCAUUAUUCUUUGGGCUGCUUGGCUGAGGAGAGAAUAUCCCAAUUGGAUCAAUGUGCCAACACUCAUUGUCGAUUGUGUCUCCGUUGCAGUUGCUUUCAUUCCAGAGGGUCUACCUGUUGCGUUGACAGCAAGUCUGACGAUCAGCGCCAAUAUGAUGCGAAAGAAUAAAGUCCUUUGCAAAUCUCUCAAGACUGUUGAGACCCUCGGAGCAGUGUCGGUCAUCUGCUCCGAUAAGACCGGAACACUGACUGCGAACAAAAUGAUCGUGACAGACUGCGCCGUCGGUGUAGAGAAAAUGACUGCAGAUGAAGCGCGAGACCGACUCAUUGCUGAUCGCAAUACCAGCACGGAGCUGGCCAGCAACGCCAUUGAGCAGCUGCGAACUGUUGCCGGUCUCUGUAACGCUGGAGAAUUCGAUGCGGCGACUAGACAUCUGCCCAUCUCUGAACGAAAGAUUCACGGCGAUGCCACUGAUCAGGCUAUUCUACGCUUUGCCGAGACUCUUGGACUGGUGUCUGAGCUGAAGCGUUUCUGGCAGUCGAAAUUUGACCUCGCAUUCAAUAGCAAGAACAAAUUCAUGAUAAGGGUGCUAGGGCUUGCCAACCGAGAAGGGGUUCGAGAUGCUAUGCCUACUGAUGCUGCUUCGGUGUUUGAAGCCGGUGAUAUGCUUCUUACUAUCAAAGGUGCCCCUGAGAUACUGAUUGAUCGAUGUUCUCGUUAUAUUGGGAGCUCUGGCGCAUCUCACCCCAUGAACGAGGCAGCUCGUAUGAAGAUUGAGAUCAUGAAGAACGAGUGGUCAGCUAAAGGCCGACGAGUGCUUCUGCUUGCUCAUAAGACUAUCUCGAGGGACUCAGUCAAGGCGUCAACUAUCUCAUCUGCCUUCGAGACUGAAAUGCUUACCCAAGCCAGGUCUGGAUUGACUCUGGUCGGUUUGGUUGCUAUCGUCGACCCUCCUCGGCCUGAGAUCCCAGACGUCAUUAGGACUUUGAAAGGUGCUGGUAUCAGAAUCUUCAUGGUUACUGGCGACUUCGCCCUUACCGCUAGAGCUAUCGCUAGAGAAUGCGGAAUCAUCACUAACGACACGUCAGCUGUGGCUGAUGUUUCUGCUCUUUCACGGAAUCCCACCGACAGCAAGACCGUCACAGUCGGAGAAGAUAGGCUCGAAGACGCGGCCCCGACCUCUAUCGUCGUUAGCGGUAGCGACCUCAUUGCUCUUAAUGACGCUCAGUGGGAUCAGUUGUCGAACUCCUAUAGCGAAGUCGUCUUCGCGAGAACGACCCCUGAGCAGAAACUUCGCAUUGUGCGAGAGCUACAAUCUCGUGGCCACGUCGUCGGAAUGACAGGUGAUGGUGUUAACGACGCACCUGCCCUGAGAGCAGCAGAUGUCGGCAUUGCGGUUGGCAGUGGUAGCGACAUUGCUGUCGAGGCUGCUGAUAUGGUUCUUCUCGAGAGUUUUGCUAGCGUCGUCGAGGCUGUCCGGUUUGGCCGAACAAUGUUUGACAACUUGAAGAAGACGAUCGCCUACCUGCUUCCUGCAGGAAGUUUCAGCGAGUUCUGGCCUGUCAUGACGAAUGUCGCGUUCGGAUUGCCUCAGAUUCUGAGCAGCUUCUUAAUGAUUAUCAUCUGUUGCUUCACCGACUGCUUGGCUGCUACUGCUCUUGCGUACGAAGCUCCCGAAGCCGAUGUCCUCAGCCGUCGUCCAAGGAAGAUUGGCACUGACCGGCUUGUUGACUGGAAGCUCAUUCUACAGAGCUACGGCUUUGUGGGUAUGCUUGAGACAACGGCCUCUUUUGCAAUGUCAUAUUGGUAUAUGCAGCGCAAGGGAAUUCCAUUCACGGCUCAGUGGUUCUCAUUCGGUAACCUGCCGAGUGACAUCGAUCCAGACUACUAUACACAGAAGCUCAAUGAGGCUAGCUCAAUCUACUUUGUCAAUCUAGUCGUAAUGUAA